AUGCGGUUAACAUCUAUACUUCUCCUGGGUCUUGGCCUGGGAGUAGUAGCCAGCUCCUCGUCUAUCUCUGCUGACUCCUCUGCUUCUGUUAGCUCCUCUAUUUCAGCUGUUUCCUCAUCUGCUUCAACCUCUGCCAGCAAGUUAGACUCAAGCUCCGCUGCUACGUCCACUUCAGUUGAGCCUACCAGUGAGGAGUCUGCUUCUGCCGAGCCCACCUCAGCUGAGCCUACCAGUGAGGAGUCUGCUUCUGCCGAGCCCACCUCAGCUGAGCCUACCAGUGAGGAGUCUGCUUCUGCCGAGCCCACUUCAGUUGAGCCUACCAGUGAGGAGUCUGCUUCUGCCGAGCCCACCUCAGCUGAGCCUACCAGCGAGGAAUCCACUUCUGCUCCUGAGCCUACAGGCUUCUCGACCAUCACCACUUCUGAGUCUCCCACCACCACCUCGGCCUCCAUAGUCAGCUCUCAAUCUGUGUCUCUUGAAUCAGGCGUUACAUAUGGAAACAAUGCUGCACCCGUGGAUGAGGAUGGCAAAGUUGUCGCCGUUGCCCUGUCACCUGGCGCAGACGGUACGGCAGCUUUCGCUGUCGCUGUUCAAGCCUCCUCAUCCCCCAGUGACAGCUCCACAACCGUCACAUUCAAAUACACUGUCAGUGAUUCUUCUAAGCGCUUGCGCUUUAAGCGCGCCGCCUUCGAGGGUUGCACUCUGACCAUCACGGUUGAUGGCAAAGAGGUUUACUCCGGACCUGUGGAGUCGACACCUGCGACUUACAGCAAGGCUAGCGAGCCGUUCACUUUGGAACAAAACCCGAACAUCAAGUUCACCCAGACUUGCGGUACUGAUCCGGUGAACCUGUCUGUUAAGGACAUUGCCCUUGUCACUGCUGCCGUUCCUAUCACUACCGGUAUUGAGACCGGUUCCACCACUGAGACUGCCACUGAGACCGGGACUGGCUCUGCUACCGAGACCAGUUCUGCUACCGAGACCAGUUCUGCUGCUGAGACUGAGACUGGUUCAGGUUCUGCCACUGGCUCAGCUACUACCACUGGCUCAGCUACUACCACUGGCUCAGCUACUACCACUGGCUCAGCUACUACCACUGAGACUGGCUCUGCUACUGAAACUGCCACUGAGACCGAGACUGGCUCUGCUACCGAUACCAGUUCUUCUACUGAGACUGCCAUUGAAACUGGAACUGACUCGGCUACUGAGACUGAGACUGGCUCGUCUAUCAAAACUGGUUCUGCCACUGCUGCUGACACUGGUUCUGCCAGUAUAACUGAGACUGGUUCCAAGACUGGCUCGGCUACUAAGACUGGUUCUGCCGUUGAAUCUGAGACUGGCUCUGCCACCAAGACCGGUUCUGCCAUUAAUACUGCCACUGGCUCUACUACUAAGACCGGCUCUGCUACUGAGACUGAAACUGGUUCCAAGACUGCCUCUGCCUCUGCCACUGUGAGUGGUUCUGUCACCGGUUCUACUUCUGCUUCUUCUGGCGCCACCAGCGUUCCUGGCAACCCUACCGUUGUUGGAGACUUCACUCUCUUCGGCUGUGCCCGCUCUUCUAAUGGUUUCCCUACCUUUGACCUUGCUGCGUCCAGUGCUUCUAUGGACCUCAACGUUUGUGCUUCCCUCUGCUCCGGCAAGGCCUAUUUUGGUGUUUACAACACUGACUGCUACUGCGGCGAGGAAGUUAGCUCCGCUAGCGUGACCCGUGUGGCUAUUGACCUUUGUGAUACUGAGUGCCCUGGUGACAAGUCUGCGUUCUGUGGUGGUAAAGCCGUCUCUAGCCGUAUUGUGCGCCGUGUCGUCCCCAGCAACAUCUUACUCACUGUCUACAUUAAAGCUGUUGCUGCUGACACUGUCACUGAGUUGGCUACCAUCACUGCAACUGUUUCUGGCACCACCACUAUCACCACCGAGGUCACCAAGACCGUUGCUGGUCCCAACCCUACCACCACUGUCGUUGAGGAGAUAUACAUCUGCAUCAAUGGCAAGUGCACUGCGCAGUCCGAUUCUGGUUCUCGUGUUGUCUACAUCAUGAUUGAGGCCAACGGUGCCGAGUGCGAUAACCAGUGGGUUUAUAUCUCUUCUCCUUGCUCAUGCCAGGGUGGGAAAGAGUAUGUCGCUAUUUUCUGUUCUGAUGGAAGCUGUACUGGCAAGACUGUCUAUAAGGCCUCUGAGUGCCCUGAUUGGUAUAACUAUGAGACCUUCUUUGUCCCUGCUGACUGCGGUUGUGGUAAGAAGGGUGAGGCUGCCAUCAAGUUCACUCCUUGGGAGAACAACUGGGGUACUCCCGAGAAGUGCAACGAGGAAGAGGUUCCUGUCUGCACUGACUGCACCUACGCAACCCACUACGCCACUGGCAACCGUACCACCUCUGGUUCCAACGGAAGCUCAGGAUCUGGAUCUAGCUCUGGUUCCGGCUCUGGUUCCGGCUCUGGUUCCUCUUCUUCUGGUGGUUCUGGCUCUGGCUCUGGAAGCUCAGGUUCUAGCUCAGGUUCCUCUGGUGGUUCUGGCUCCUCUUCGGGUGGUUCUGGUUCCUCUUCUUCUGGUGGUUCUGGCUCUGGCUCUGGAAGCUCGGGAUCUAGCUCAGGUUCAUCUUCUGGUGGCUCUGGCUCUGGCUCCUCUUCUGGUGGCGGUUCUGGCUCUAGCUCUGGAAGCUCAGGUUCUAGCUCAGGUUCCUCUGGUGGCUCUGGCUCUGGCUCCUCUUCGGGUGGUUCCGGCUCUAGCUCUGGAAGCAACACUCCUGACAAUUCUGGGAAUGGCAGCCCUGGUUCUGCUGCUGGUACCGCUGGCUUCUCGAAACCCAGCCAGCAGUCCGGCCUCCCCGUUACUGCUGGUGCUGUCAAGCAGACUGGCACUUCCAUCGCACUUGUCGCUUGCGUUGCUGUUGUCGCAGCGCUCUUUUAA